CCUGUCUGCCGCCUCCCUCUCUGGCUCUGCGCCUGCGCAGUGCGCCCCGAACCGAGAGACGGAGAGACGAGAGACGGGGCUCUUUGCCUCCGCAGCGGGACUAAACCGGAAUAAAACACCGAACAACAGCACCGAGCCUCGACCCGCCGGACAUCCACCGGGAUACCAGCGGCAGAGAGGCGGGAGGAGAGCGGAGGCAGGCGGGGGUCUACAGACCGGGAGCCUGCCUGUCUGUCCGCCAGAACACGUUUGGAUGUAACGAAAAACUGAGAGGACGGACGACAUGAUGUCCUCGAGGUGGACCGGUCUUCCUGUCCCGUUUGUCCUGGUCCAGGUCCUGGUCUUGUCCCGCUCAGUGUUGACGGCCCGCUCUGACAGAAACAUGGUGCCGGAGGAGUACGUGGGCGCCACGGUGAACGCCACGGUGCUGGACGGACGAGGAAACACCAUCCACAUGAUGAGCAGCGACGAAGGGAAGUACGGACAGAACUCACCUAAAGUGGACACCAGAGGCAUCGUCAUCGCACCUGCACCGCAUCACGGAGUGGUGGACCGGCAGGGCUGCGACCCCGGCACUCGUUUCCUGGUCCCUCCUCGGAGCGUCCACUGGGUGGCGCUGCUGCAGAGAGGAAACUGCACCUUUAAAGAGAAGAUCCUGAAGGCCGCCGCCUACAACGCCACCGCCGUCCUCAUCUACAACAACUCCACCGACAAGACGGUCAAGACGGUGAAGAUGGGACAUGAAGGUACCGGCGACACGGUGGCAGUGAUGAUCACAGAGGCGUACGGUAAAGAGAUCCUGGCUCACCUGGAGAGGAACCUGACGGUCCUGGUCUCCGUGGUUGUGGGUCAACCCACCAAAAACAUCAACCGAGGAUCGUUGGUCUUCGUCUCCAUCUCCUUCAUCGUCCUCAUGAUCAUAUCGUCGGCCUGGCUCAUCUUCUACUUCAUCCAGAAGAUCCGCUACACCAGUGCCCGCGACCGCAGCCAGCGUCGUCUUGGCGAUGCAGCGAAGAAGGCUAUGGGGAAGUUGACCACGAGGACGGUGAAGAAAGGAGACAAGGAGACGGAUCCAGACUUUAACCACUGUGCUGUCUGUAUCGAAGCGUACCAGCUCAACGAUGUGGUCCGCAUCCUGCCCUGCAAACAUGUCUUCCAUAAGGUGUGUGUUGACCCCUGGCUGAACGAGCACUGCACCUGUCCCAUGUGUAAACUCAACAUCCUCAAAGCUGUGGGCAUCAUGACCAGUCUUCCCUGCGUGGAGAGCGUGGUGUUGGACGUGGAGCGUCUUGGCGUCAGUCAGGCAUCCAGCAGCCAGAGGACGGCGCUGGUCGACAGCAACCAGCCGUCCAUCAGCCUGGAGCCGCUCAGCCACCCCAACCCUGAGGCCACGCCCAGAACACCUGCUGACAUCACCAUCGCUGUGACCAGCGGCGGUCACUUCUUCAACAGGAACUCCAUGUCUCCUCGCAGCAUCGUCUGUGAGAUGGAGCUACCGGACAUCCAGGCUUCGCUCGACCUCUACGACGACAACAAAUCCUGAGGCCCGUCGUCAUGGUUACAACCCCCACCACCUCCACCUGCGGAUGGACGGACGACCUUUUAUGGGCGUGGGGGUGGGGGACAAACAACAACAACAACCUGGACGAACUGUUAAACAUCAUUUAAUCCACCAGACUGAACAUGGAUUUAGUCUGGAUCCUGGUAAGUAUCCUGAGCACCUAAAACAGUUCCUGGGUCCCGUCCUUAAAUGGUUCUUGGAAAGGUCCUGAGUUCCUAAAAAGACUCCUGGAAAAACUCCUAAGUUCUUGGGUUCCUGGAAAAGUUUGUGAGUUCCUCAAGAUAUUCCUGAAUUUUUCAGUGGUUUCCUGAACAGGUUCCAUAAAACAGUUCCCUGAAACAUCUACUGGAUUCUAAAAAAACUCUUGGAAAAGUUCUUGAGAUCCUAAAGAGGUUCUUGGGUUCUCGAAAAACUUCCUGCGUACCUAAAAGGUUCCUGGAAAGGCUCUUGGGGUCUCAAAGGGGUUCUUGUGUUCCUGGAAAAGUUUCCAAGCACCUAAAAAGGUCCUGUGGGUUCCUGGAAAUGUUCCUGAGACCCUAAAACGGUUCUGUGGGUUCCUGGAAAUGUUCUUGAGCUGCUAAAAGGGUUCCGUGGGUUCCUAGAAAUGUUCUUGAGCCCCUAAAACAGUUUGGAAAACAUUUCUGAGGUGUUAAAAAGAUUCUUGGGUUCUCAAAAAAUGUUCUAGUUCCUAUAAAGGUUCCUGAAACGGUUGUCAAGGCUUUAAAAAGGUUUGUGUGUUCCUGGAAAGUGAGUCAGAAAUGUGAACCUGAGACUGUCUUACCUUAACCUAAAAUACCUGAAAUCAUCAGGACCAGAACCAUAACAAACCCAGAGAACGUGAACCCAGAACACGUUUCUGAUGUUCUGCGUUCAGUCAAAACAUUCAGUUGUAACUCUGCAACAUGACCCUCUGAUUGGCUGACUGAAGAUUACAUCAUUAACAGACUCCAGUCAGAGUCUGGAGUCUGUCUGAAUACCUGGACCUGGAUCAGAAGUCCAGAUACUGACUGAGCUGAUUGGUCCUGUUGAUCAUCAGACUGGAACCAGGACUAGAGGAAGACCUGGACUCUGGAGAAAGAAACACUUCAACAGUGUUCAGUCCUAUGUAGAACAAAGACACCUUAGAUUUAAAGGAACAGUCCAACACUUCUGUAGCUCCUCUGGUUCUCUGGUUCAGUAACAGCAGGAGUUCCUCAGGGAGGCGUUCCUCAGAGAGGCCUUCCUCAGGGAGGCCUCCCUCAGAUAGGCCUUCCUCAGGGAGGCCUUCCUCAGAUAGGCCUUCCUCAGGGAGGACUUCCUCAGGGAGGACUUCCUCAGGGAGGACUUCCUCAGGGAGGCCUUCCUCAGAUAGGACUUCCUCAGAGAGGACUUCCUCAGGGAGAACUUCCUCAGAUAGGCCUUCCUCAGGGAGGACUUCCUCAGGGAGGACUUCCUCAGGGAGGCCUUCCUCAGAUAGGACUUCCUCAGAGAGGACUUCCUCAGAAACGCCUUCCUCAGAAAGGCCUUCCUCAGAGAGGCCUUCCUCAGGGAAGCCUUCAGGGGAAGGCCUGCUGUAGCGUCCUCAGGUGUGCCGUGUGCAGGUGGACCUGCUGUGUUUGUGUUGGUCCACCAGAGAACCAGAGGUUGACUCCUGAAGUGACGGACUGCUCCUUCAAAGUGUAUUAAACAGCUUGUGAAGUACUCGGCGUGUAAUAAUCAGCUCCAGUGACGGGGCUCAGUAUUUAAACAGCAUUAUACAAUCUAUAACCAAUAUUAUCUAUCUGAAGUGACCUGAAGACGUCCUGAAGGACUCGUCUGUCCUCUGUGUCACAUGAUAACAUGAUGAUGAUGAUGGUGGUGGCAGUGAUGAAGAGGAUGUGUGUGAUGCUUUCAGUUCACUGUGUCUCUUACUGCCUCAGCAUUAAAGUGUCAUUAUUGCCUUUAACA